GGCAGCUCGGGGUUCGAUUCCCCGUAUCGGAAUAUCUUUUUGAAAAUUUUUUCCUUCAUUAUGGACUUAUUGUGGAAUUGUCAAUCUUUUAUCUCCCUCCGGUGGGCCAGAGUGGAGCUGUGGGUCGCGUGGCAUGACUUGGCACUGUCAACUGAGCAUGGCUGUCUCUCGCAAUAUAUGUAUGCCAGAUCGUAGAUGCGAAAUCGAGAAAAGCUGUACGAUUGCACUUUACACGGUUAAGAAAACUAGAGCGGAGGAUAGAUAUUCUUUCUUUACCUUAGAUACCGCCGCGGAGUUCGACGGAGUACCGUACCUGGGAGUAGAUUUGCGUCACCUCGCCACAAGCUCUAAGAUAAGGGGCCGAUUAUGCUCAUGGGUUUAUCGCCCUGUGGCUGACACUCCAGGUCCACCAAGAGAGCCGAGUAUUAUCCUUGACCAUAUCAGGGAGUCAGGUCUUGCUACUCUCCAACCCCUUCGGCUGGGUACUUGGGGCCAAGGCCUCGGCCCUUCCAGAUUGGGCGUCUGGUACGAGUACGAGAUCUCUGGCAGUGGCUGUCAUCUCGUUUAAAAUAGAUGCAUCCGCCCAGCUCCGCAGUCUUCUCGUCAGAUUCCUGGGCCACUCGCCUCUCGAUCGGACCGUCCUGCAUAAAAAGAUGGCUCCCCUUCGCGGAUCUGACGCCUACACAACAAACGGCGCUCCUUCCUCCAAACUGAAGCGGCCUUCUUAGCCCCACGCGAUGCUCUGGUUGCUCCUUCCGACGAUCAUUCUGGGCUACUGCCUGUCAACUACGGGAUGGCCCUUGUACAAUCACUGGCGACGCGCAAGAGAGCUAAAUCUCCCAAUCAUCAUCAGCCCAAUACGCCGAUGGGGCCCCGCGCAUAGAUUGCUCCAGCACAUCAUCGAUCGCAACCUCCUGCCAAAGGCAAUCCUCAACCUUCCCUUCGUCAGAGUCGCACAAGGAAGUUGGACUUUCGGCGAGAAGUUCUCCAUCCACCAGCAAUAUGGAAAGAUCUUCAUUCUCGCUUCCCCGACCGGCUGCGAAAUAUACGUCGCAGACGCGAAAGCUGCAAAGCAAAUUCUCGAUCGGAGGAAUGACUUUCCCAAGCCGAAUCGGCUUUUGGCGAGAUUGGAGGAGUUUGGGAGAAAUCUUGCGACUGUAGAUGGCGAGGAAUGGCAGAGACAUCGUCGGCUCACGUCAAAGGCGUUCCAUGAGAAGACAUAUAGAACGGUAUGGGAUGAGGCUUACUCCGUUGCAUCCGCCAUGUUUCGAGGGUGGGAUCUGGAACAGGGGGUACACUGUACAAAGUCUGAUAUGGCGACGCUGAGCUUGGAAGUCCUAAUUCAAGCAUGCUUCAACCUGAACAACGACAAGGACAGUCAAGCGACAGACGCAACGAAUGUCCCAUCACUUCAGCACCACGUCUCGCGGUACCUGCAUAGCCUUACAAAGUUCCGCCCAAUGCCUCCAGCACAAGAGGCAGGAUCGCACCGUCGAGCCCUGAGCGAGUUCAUAAGACGCCUUGUGGAGCAUCGAAAACCAACCGCAUCGACUCGAUCGCAGAACGACCUGCUUUCGUCAAUGCUGGCUCCUGCGGGCGGGAGUGAUUUUUCGGAGAGUGAGAUUGCCGGCAAUCUUUUCUUGUUCAUAUUUGCCGGCCAUGAGACGACGGCGAGCGCCCUGGUUUAUAUUAUCCACCUCCUGGCGAUAUACCCCGAGUGGCAGGACUGGGCGAUGGAGGAAGUAGACUCUGUUCUCGCCUCAUCUACAGAUGACGUGAAGCCCGACUUUCAUGGUGUCUAUCCCGAGUGCAAGCGGAUACGCGCGAUCCUGUAUGAAACCCUGCGGCUCUACGGACCAGUUCCAACAAUUGUCAGGCAGACGGCGGCACAAGACCAGAUAUUGCAUUGUUCCAACGACACGGAGCUAUUAAUCCCCAAGAACACGCCUAUCAACAUCAACUCCAUGGCGCUGCAUACCAACCCCGAGUCCUGGGGUGAGGACGCUCUUGAAUGGAACCCUGGUCGAUGGAUCUCCACCUCCAACUCUUCUUCUGAGUCUGGGCGAGAGCUUUUCGCCAAGGUCUUCAACAGUUUCUUUGCCUGGGGAACUGGGCCGCGCGUUUGCCCUGGGCAACAGUUCUCGCAGAUUGAAGUUGUUGCGGUUGUGGUAUGUCUUUUGAGGAAUUAUCGGGUCACCAUCGCUCCUAACGAUGGAGAGCAUUUUGAUGAUUUACGGCGAGAUGUUCUUCGUUUAUUGAAAGCGAGCAGGGUUGGAUUAACCCUGCAGAUGCCGGAAACAGCACCAAUUAAGCUGGUGAGACGAUAGUUAUCACCUACGACUGAACUUUUAGGCAAUUAUAGCAAAAUGCAAUGAUAUUGAUCAAGAGAAGGGGGCCGGUGUGAAAGGUUGCAAGUAAGCUGGUCUACGCUUCAACUAAUGUCAAGGUUCAUGGCAAUUGGAC